UGCGCCUGCCGAGGGAGGUUAUCGCGGCCUGGCGUCAGGUCUUGUAGGCCUUGGGCGAAGCCUUCUCGCGCUCUCGGCCUGUAGCGGGCCCACCGCUUGAGCUCCUGGCUGGCAGACACCUCAAGUUUGAUGUCCACGACCAGCCGUCGGGGAGGGGUGGCGCCUUCCGCGCAGUCACUUGCUCCUGGUGCGACUGGAGCUGGCCCCACACGUCGGACGCCUUGCUGACUGUCUCGAGGCACAGGACCACCGCGUUGGAUUUCUUGAUAGAGAUGCAGAUGUCUGGGCUUCCUCAGGGGUUUUCAAGCGUAUCCGGGUGCAGCUCAUCGGCACGCGCCAGGGUGUGCCCCGCUGAGUCCGUGAUGGUGCUCUUCGUGGGGUUGCGGUGGGGCGCUAGCCGUUGGAGCCCCUUCACCAGCUUGGGCGGGGCGGCCGGGCUCUUGGCCUCCACGGGGACUGUGAUGACCCGGCUGACCCUGAACUUCACUACUGGCAUGCUUGAAGGAGCUCAGAGGUGGGGAUGGUGCCUGUGUUCACCAGGAGCUGGUGCGUGCCCACGGGCCUCGGGGUUCCUGCAAAGGCAUGUUCUCGAUGGGCUCUUUGUAAGCCCAGACAAGGUUUUUUUUUUUUUUUUAAUUUUUAUUUAUUUAUGAUAGUCACACAGAGAGAGAGAGGCAGAGACAUAGGCAGAGGGAGAAGCAGGCUCCAUGCACCGGGAGCCCGACGUGGGAUUCGAUGCCGGGUCUCCGGGAUCGCGCCCUGGGCCAAAGGCAGGCGCCAAACCGCUGUGCCACCGAGGGAUUCCCCCCAGACCGGUUUUUGAUGGCUGGCACCAUUUAUGUCUAUCGUUGCAGGGUCAGCGGAACAGUGCCUGAAAUGUAGCAGAUGCUCAACAGAUUUGAAUUGAUUUGAACCUUUGUUCACUCAUGGGCAUCAGUGUGGUGUACAGUUCUCGAGUGCAGACAUCUUUGUGGUGUUGGUCUUAUGGAUUCUCAUGAUGUCCUUGUCCCGCGUGGGAGUCCGCAUAUUGUCCGUGCCCAGGACCAAGGAGUACACUCAGCUGCUUAUUUUUCAUUCAGAUUCUUGUCUGGAACCCUAAAUUUUUUCACUCGCCCAAGAUCCAAAGAGGCUUCGGGAAUACAGACUCUAAAGGCCCAUAUCUCAUAUUGUUUCAGCAGCCUUUGGAAGCCCUGAACUGGCCCUGUGCACUAUGGGAUCUCCAGACAGCAUUGCUGUUAACUUCUAGGAGCCCUCCAUUACUAAAACCCAGAAGUCAUCAAGGUCCAGCAACCUGAGUUUACCACACGUAUAGGUUCCACAAAGUGGGAGGAAAACUUUUAAUAUCACUGACACAAUCUCUGAACAUAGUGCUGGGCAAUAACUGGUUAACCUAAACAAGAACAGUUUCUUCAGUACUAAGUGGGGAACAGAGGACAAGCUUGAUGCCCUGAAGUGAAAUGAUUGGCAGCCAAGGACACACACACUCCUCCAGCAGAUUAUUGUAAAAUCUACAAAGAGAAUAUCAGUGGAUCAUUGGAAUUUCACCUAGAUUUUUCUCAUCAAACUGCCCACACAUUUUAUUCCUGUUGGAUGGAGAGGAGAUCAAAUCAGGACUGCUUUCAGAAUGGCUUGGAGUGAAUGCGGCAAUCUGGAAGCUAGAGCUUCCACCAAGGAUCCAUGCCAGGAUUGAUCUUGACCCCUUAGGUCGUGAGUGGGUAUCUGGAAGGACGUAGCAAACAUGGCUGUGCAGUGGGCCUUGAAGGAUGGAAACCACUUCCUGAGGAUGGUGAACUGGCAAGACAGGAACCUUGGUUACUGAGAUGAAGAUGCUGUAUCAACCCUGGAUGGCCUCCUUCCUCUGAACUUAUUCCAGACUCCUGUGUCCAGUGUGCCUUUCCUCCUGAGGGCAUUGCUCAUCAGGGAGGAGCUCCAGGGGCUAAUAACCCACACCAUGGAUAACUUAUUGGACUUUGCCUGAAAGGAGUCAUUAGUGCCAUUGGAUAUUUGACCAUCCUGGCCACAGGUUUUUUCAGAAUGAAUGGAAGGUCAUGCAGCAUGAGUCUCCACCGGACAUCAGGAACCCCACAGGGGCCUGGGAUGGUCAGUGGCCAACACAUUCCUCCCAUCCGAGCCCACUCUGGGACUCCUGGCCCCACGUCCUGUGGCAGCACAGCAAGCCCUGCCAUCGGAAGCCUUGGUAACAGCCUCCAUCUCAAGAUGCCCUCGGGAGGAGGGAUGGCUCCUCAGAGCAACAUGGCCGAGAGCCCCCUCCAUCUGCCCGCCUUGAGCCCCAGGAGACAAGUGCUCACCAAUGGGAAGCCACGAUACCAGGUCACCCAGGCUGGAGGCAUGUCAGGGCCACACACUUUAAAGCCAAAGCAGCAGGAGUUUGGAAAUCCUUUUCCUCCAAAUCCUGGGAAAGGGGCUCUUGGCUUUGGGCCUCAGUGCAAGUCCAUUGGAAAAGGCAGCUGCAACAAUCUAGUGGUCACCAGCAGUCCCAUGAUGGUUCAGCGACUGGGACCCAAUUCACCUCCAGCAAGCCAGGUCUCUACAGCAUGCAACCAGAUCAGUCCUAGCUUACAGAGGGCAAUGAAUGCUGCCAACCUGAAUAUACCUCCUUCAGAUACCAGGUCCCUUAUUUCUCGUGAGUCUUUGGCGUCCACAACUUUGAGCCUGACGGAUAGUCAGUCAGCCUUGAGCGUGAAACAGGAGUGGUCUCAUGGCUACAGGGCUCUCCCGUCGCUGUCCUCCAGCCACAGCUCCCAGAACGGCAUCGAUCUAGGGGACCUCCUUAGCCUUCCUCCUGGGACAGCUGUGUCUAGCAAUAGCGUCUCUAACUCGUUGCCGUCCUACCUUUUUGGCAUGGAAAAUAGCCACUCUCCUUACCCUAGCCCCCGGCACUCAUCGGCCAGGUCCCACUCAGCCCGCUCCAAGAAGAGAGCGCUGUCCUUGUCCCCACUGUCCGAUGGCAUCGGGAUAGACUUCAAUACCAUCAUCCGCACCUCGCCCACGUCGUUGGUCGCCUACAUCAAUGGGUCGAGGGCUUCCCCGGCCAGCAUGUCCCCGCAGCCCGAGGUCUAUGGGCAUUUCCUGGGGGUGCGGGGAAGCUGCAUUCCCCAGCCGUGCUCAGUGCCGAGCAGCCAGAAGGGCCUGCGGGUGGCCGGCGGUGGCCUGGCGCUCCCAGCCUACGGAGAGGACAGUGUGCUAGAGUAUGAGCGCAUGCAGCAGCUGGAGCAUGGGACCCUCCAGCCAGGUCUGGUCAACAACAUGGUGGUGCAACAUGGCCUGCCGAACCCUGAUGGCCAGUCGGCCAGCCUGCUGAAGACCGAGCGCCUGGAUGAUUUCCCGGGCACAGCCCUGGACCUGCCCCCUGCGCCGCCCCCACUGCCUCCUCUGCCGCCGCCCCCACAGGGCCCCCCGCCACCCUACCACUCCCACCCACAUCUACACCACCAAGAGCUAGUGCCCCGGGCCCAGCCGCUGGCCCUUCCCCAGGCUGCCCUGGAGGAGGACGGGGAGAUGGAUGAUGUGGGGGGCAAACACUCCUGUCGCUGGAUAGACUGCAGUGCCCUGUAUGACCAGCAGGAGGAACUUGUGCGGCACAUCGAGAAGGUUCACAUAGACCAGCGCAAAGGAGAAGACUUCACUUGCUUCUGGGCUGGCUGUCCUCGAAGGUACAAGCCAUUCAACGCCCGAUAUAAACUGCUGAUCCACAUGAGGGUCCACUCUGGGGAGAAGCCCAACAAGUGCACGUUUGAAGGUUGCAAGAAGGCCUUUUCAAGGCUUGAGAAUCUCAAGAUUCACUUGCGGAGUCACACGGGUGAGAAGCCAUACUUGUGCCAACAUCCAGGCUGUCAGAAGGCAUUCAGUAACUCCAGCGACCGCGCCAAGCACCAGAGGACGCAUCUAGACACUAAACCUUAUGCUUGUCAAAUUCCAGGAUGCACCAAACGCUACACAGACCCAAGUUCCCUACGAAAGCAUGUGAAGGCACAUUCUUCCAAAGAUCAACAGGCAAGGAAAAAGUUGCGGUCCAGUGCAGAGCUCCAUCCUGACCUGCUCACAGACUGCCUCAGCGUGCAGCCCCUGCAGUCGGCCACCUCCCCACGCGAUGCUGCUGCUGAUGGGGCGGUGGGGCGCUCCCCCGGGCCGGGGCCUGACCUCUACCCAGCUUCCAUCUUCUCCAGCAAUCACUCAAGCCGAAGCGGAACAGCUGCUGGGGCCGUGCCACCCCCACAUACUGUCGGUCACCCUUCUCCGGGACAGAAUGUGCAGGGGAGCCCUCACACCCCUGUCUCCCAGCUACCUCCACUCACAGCUGUGGAUGCAGGAGCCGAGAGGUUUGCACCUUCUGUUCCAUCUCCUCACCACAUCAGCCCCCGGAGGGUUCCAGCUCCUUCUUCAGUAAUGCAGAGAACACAGCCUCCCCACACCCAGCAGCCUGCGGGCGGGCCACACCUGAAGUCUUACCAGCCGGAAACAAACUCUUCCUUUCAACCAAACGGAAUCCAUGUCCACGGAUUUUACGGGCAGCUGCAGACCUUCUGCCCCCCGCAGUACCCCGACUCCCAGAGAACCGUGCUGCCCAGCAGCUCCUGUGGCGCUGUACCUUCCUUCGAGGACUGCCUGGCCCCCACACCCAUGGGUCAGGCUGGCUUUGAUGUGUUCCACAGAGCCUUCUCAGCCCACUCGGGCAUUGCAGUGUAUGAUUUACCUUCAGGGUCCUCGAGCCUCUUCGGGGAGUCUCUUCGCGGCGGGCCUGAGGAUGCCACAUUCUUGCAGAUCAGUGCCAUGGACCGCUGUCCUAGCCAGCUCUCCUCUGUCUAUACCGAAGGCUAAAGGCUCCCAGGGCCUCCACUCCCACUGGCCUCCAGAACCUUUUCAUUGCUUGCCAUCUUUUUUUUUUCAUAUUCUCAUAGACUGAGGAAAGGAUGUCAGCCUCUUCACUGGAACCCACAAGGUCACCGAUGUGUCUUUGGAAGGUGGGACUGGUCAGAGCUGGGCUCUGCAGGAAUAUUUGCAGUUGCUCCUCUUUCUCUCUGGGUUUCCUGGUGACUAGCAGGACUGACUGUCUUUUCAAAGGGAAUUUAAGAGUCACUCUGCCAGAUACCUGUUACUUCCAGCUGUCACUUCUUCCUCAAAGGACACCAGUGAAAUGAUGCGCAUAUGAAAACACAGUUUGUGGAUCACCCUUGCACAAAACUCCAAACAGGGAAGGACUACCCAGAUUGCCAGAAGCACAGGGCAAUGCCUCACCGCUGCUCAUCCUCCCCGCUGGCUCAUGUGAAACCAGGCAACCAGGGAAACCUACUCCCAAAGUACAGAGUGGGCUUGGAGAAGCCUGGGUUCCUGGCACCGACCCCGGCCUGACACCCCAGUGAGCCGGCUGCCUCUCUCCUCUUACUAUCCCCAUGCUAACCGAAUGCUUUUCAGUAUUUCUCCAAAAGCAGGAUCAGAAGGUUCUGUCAAGCACAGUCCCUUGAAAGGCACUACAACUUGUUUUAUAUCCCAGCAACAUAUCUUAGUUCUUUUAUUUUAAAGACUUGUUAUUUACAUCUACUUUUAAAGGAAAAAAAAUAUUUAGAGGUCUGUGUUUUGGAUGGAAAUAAUUAUUUUAAUCACCCCCGUUAUAUCCCUUCUCCCCCAGCUAUAGCUGUGCUGGGCCCCACCUCACAGCAUCAGUGAGCCACCCCUACAAGGGUAGUUUCCCAUCUAGCAAAAGCCACCUGCGGGAUAUGAGGUGGGCCCAGCCCCUUGCCAGUGCUGUAGCAGGAACCCUGGAGGGUUGACUAUUCCGUGACUCCACCUCAAAGACCUUGGACAACUGCAAAGAUCGCUGGACUGGUUGACCCAUGGCCUCCACGUGGGUGCUUUGCCCAGGGUCAUUCUGGUGUGAGAACAGGGACCCACGGAGCUGAGAUCCUGGUUGUCUCAGAAAAACAAACUAGAGGUGCCCCAUGUCCAGUUAUUUUGCACAGCUUCCGCUUACCUCCUUUGGGAUAUCUACUCACCCAUCCAUCUGUCCCUCCCCCAUGCCCUCCUCUCCCUCCUCCUCAUUAUGCUCCCCUGCUUCUUGUCUGCGUUCACACACACCCAUCUGCCCUUACCCACCUGACGGGCACUCUGAGCAAGCUCUGCCCAGAGGCAGGUAGAGGGGAAGUCCAGGGAAGGUAGGCAGAAGUUAACUUUUCCUGAAACUCUCAUUUGAGGGCCUGGGAUUCUUACAGCGCUCUUGGUCGUUUGUUAGCAACCCUGAAUAGGAAGCCACUUUCUGUGAUGCGUUUACAAAGCUUAUUAAAAAGAUCUCAAACCCAUUCAUAGGCCCUAAAAAGUAGCCAAACCCCAAAGACACGUGUAAACUCUGACUUUCCAGAACGGUCCCAUGUCACAGUUUCCUUUCUCUUGUAAAGUGAAACAGUGCUACUUGUCCAGCCGAGAUCAUUAUGGUCUCCAACAGGCUUUACCCAGCAGGGUGUCAGACUUGGGAUCCGGGGCCAGUUUGUACCCCGACAGACCGGUCCUAGCAGUCGGGCUGCACUGUGGCUCGCUAGCAGCUCGAUGGGGACUUGAUCCCAAUGUGCCCUAGAGUGGGAAGACCAAAGAGCCAAGUGUGGGGCCUGCUUUUACAGUGCUCGAGGCCAGGCUGGUUUCUCUGACGCGUGAGCUCUGAGCUGAGGACAGCCACUGUGCAGACAUCCAGGGCUGCCAGAGAGCUAAGUUACUAACUUUACAGAAGUCCACUUUGUUUUACGAAAGAAGGCUCCUCAGGCCUCCCUGCCGGGUGAGCCCUCAGACUGCAAGUCAGAUGCCACCCUCCUUGCCGGCUUUGUGGGUCAUGUCCCCGGGCCUAAACCGGGACACAUGCGUGCUAACUCUGCCAUCCCUCGUGUGUCCUUGGUCACACUUGGGAAAGGAAGGUAAGCUCUGCUAUCUUUAGACAAUGUGUCCAUUCUUAAAUACUGGAGCCUUUGUAGGGACCUCAGAACAGGCUUCAUUUGUGUGAGGAGGAAGGAAAAGACGAAAAGCAAGGUUGUUAUUGCAGUGAUGUCAGCCCUGCCGUGUGGCUUGAUAUAAUGAAAGUGGGCAGCGGGGGAGGAGGAGGACAAAGGCAGAGGCUGGGCCUCAGAAACUAUGGAUGUCAUCUUCCUCUUUGGCUGGAGGAGAUGCGCCUGCGCCAGUGUCGGGUCAAACCCAGGCCUCGAGGUGGCCCUGCCCCUCUCUUGCCUCACUGCUGCUCUCAGGGUGUUGGGGCGCAGCCGGAACAGAGGCCAGCCCCUGAAGGGCACUGGUGGCAGUUGAGGGAGCGGCUAGUGCAGCCCGCAAGCUCCGGUGUCCCCUCUUAGCUGUGGAGCAUCCUGGUGGCUCCAGGUUUGAGCCUAGGCCCUCAGGGUGUGACACGUUCCAGUUCCUUGUAAACUGCACAUGCUGUUCUCAGAUUCCAGAACCUCACCUGACCUCCAGGUUCGUCCCUGGCUUUCUUUCUCACCUUGCACGAGAUUCACAGAUGUGUUCCUCGUUACAUUUGUGGCAGUGAAAGUAGAAACUUCCAAAAAUUCAUUCCUUUCCGUUUCCUGGCCAUUUUCAAAGUCUCGAUAUGUAACCAACCACUUUCAUAAACAGCAGAGAUUGUCCUUCCCCUCUUUUGAAACAAAACAAAACAAAAAAGCUGGUGCUUGUGAAAAUACACACAGCUCAAAGCCAAUUAUCCUAUUACAUUGAAAAAAAAAAUCAAUCUGCCUACAUUUCAUUGGCUGCAUUGUCCUAAUUCCCUAAAGGGACUGCCUCAAAAUGUCAGUUAUAAGUUAGCAUCUGAUCAGCUGUUAAAUAUUAAAGUAUGUCCUAGUCCCAUGAAGUGUCUCCCUCUACAACUCCCAUCUCCCCAAGAUUGCAUCGGGGAUUCUAAAGUGGACAGAGGCCAUUCAGCGGACCCACUGAUAGAACGGAGUGUUGGUGGUGGUCUGUUGUUUUUAAAUUACCCGCUGUCAGGCACAUUAGUAAGUUAGAGCAGAAGUAAAUGUUCAGCUCCCCUGCCCAAGAGCCUUGACUGUCCAUUCGCCUCGAAGUAUUGGGAAUAGCAACUGUAAAUGUCCAAUUUAAUUAUUUGGUAUUUUAUUUGACUGUUUGACCGUGACGUUUUCUAGCAGCAUUUUGUAAUGGCACUUUUUGUUGGUGGUGUGAGAUUUCUGCAGUUACUUUUUAUUUUCCUAUUCUUUUCUUUUUUCUUUUCUUUUUUUUUUUUUUUUUUUUUGCAAUGGAUAAAGAAAAAAAAAAAGCCAGUCAUUGGAGAAAUGGCGAAUGUAAAAAAGAAGAGAUUUAUUUUGUACAGACAGCAGAGCAUCCUGUGUAAUGUUGCUGACAUAAAGCACUUUGGGGGGAAGAGUGGAAAUCUGGUUUCCAUAAAUCACAUGGACUCUUGUACAUAGUUAUAUACACUCACGUAGAGAAAUGAACUGUAUGUCAUACUGGAUAUGGGGCCGAUUUUACUUUAGGGGCACAUCUGGUGCUUAUUGUCAUAAAUCUUUUAAAGAAUUAGGUACACUUUUUUUCUAUUAAUAUGUAUAGUUUUGUGAUUUGUCACAGUUAUGUUUCGUAUAAUCAUAAGUUAUUUUGUCUUGUUUCAUGAAGUCCUUUUUUUUAUGUCAAAAGUAAAAUGAAGGGAUUGUGCACUUGGUACAGAAUAAAACUGGAACUGGAGAAAACACC